AUGACGCCUACAAGACCCGUGCCCUCCAGGGCCGCCCUGCACGCUCUCCGCGGUCUUGUCUUCACCACGUCCUGCUCCGUCAUCCUCCUGGCCGAGGAGCGCCGACGCCGGACCAAGCUCGCCCGGACUGCCAUUGACAAUGCUCGGAAGCUUCACACUGUCAAGGCCCAGCGCCGUCCGAUUGCCAUGCUCGAGGCGUCGCGACACGCCGACUCGGAUCUAGAACUCCUAGCGACGGACGAGCGGACCAUCAAUCCCCUUCCUCGCCGCAAGAGACGCCAACGCCCGGCACCGACGACGACGGAGACUCACUCCGAGACGGGACCGCCUCCUGUCACGAGCCGAAUGGGAACGAACGAGCACGCGGUGAAGAUCGCCUCUGCGUACGACACCCGCCACUCCCUCGACCUCGUCCUUGCCGCCUCCCACGCGGCCGCCUCUCGAUACUACAACCCCACCAACCUCCCACCAAGCGCACCAGAACGCCGUCUGUCUUCCGCGUCCCUGUCAACACCGGACCUCGACAGGCCACACAUCAUGGCCGCACCCGGACUCUCCAUGCCCAGAGAUUUGACGACGGUGCGAGCACUGGGUUCCGUCCCGGAAAGGCGGGAUUCGGAGUCGGGCCCUUUGGUUACCGAUGUACUGUCGUUUCUAGACUCGAGAGACCCUCAUGGACAGCCCGCCACCGGGAUCCGGCUACUAGAGUGUUUGCUCGAGCGACUCGAGUUGGCAUCACCUAUUCCGAAAGAGACUGUUGCGACGUAUCAAGGUCUGGCUUUGGACAUUGUUGGACGCAUCACACCCCAAAGAUCAACAUCAAGAUCGGAACGCGAAAGCAUGUCGAAACUGAGGUUCUACGCCAUGAGGCUCCUCCGAACAGCAACACACCUCGACGGGAUUCCUCUUCGGCGCGCCCUUGACGCCCUCAUGCCGAUGUACCGCGAUGUGCCCGAGUUCAUCGUGCCUGUCAUGCAAUGGCUCUCCGAGGCCAGAAACAAUGCUGGGAUGCGUGAUUUCCUCCACUACCUAGCAGACGGCACCCAUUCUGACUAUGUGCUGGACUACCCCGCAGUUCUGGAGCUGCUCAGAAUUCAUCACAAGCGCUACGGCAAGUUGGCCGAUACCCGACUGGUAUACCGCGAGCUCGUGGAUGCCGGGGUCUCCGAGGUGACCAGCGCACCGGAGGACAUGGAAUACGAGAUCCACAGCUUAUUCCUGCAGCUAUCAAGUCGCAGCAGCGUGUACGACUCGAUCUAUGCCCUAGCUGGCCGAUCGACAUCCAUCGAGGACGAACUGAGGGCGCUGGGAAAGGUGAAGGGUCAGGAGCCCGAGCAGCUCAAGUUCAUCCUCAGGAGGCUCACGGACAUUUGCUCCGGCCGCGUCGCGCCCGAGGCCUUCGAAGACGUUCUCCGAACCGUGGCCAGCAAGCACGCCUUGCCACUCAAGGGCAGGUGGCUGUACCCGGUCCUCCAGCACCACUCGAAGCGUCUGGACCGGGAGGCCAUGCUCUCCUUCCUGCAAUUCGCCCUCGACCACGGCUACAAGCCUACGGAUAAGUUCUUCUACAAGAUAUGCCACCUCUGGCGCAAGCAGUGGAACAUGAGUGAAGAGUCCAUACAACAGCUAUACGAAGCCCUGCGCGAGACGAUGCCGAAUCUGUCGGCCCCGGUGGACUCUGUGGGCGGCACGGCCAAGCAGGAAGACUGGGAGGCUAUGUACAUCCGCUCGGCUACCAGGGUCGACCCAGAGGGGUCAGUAGACGCCAAAGCGCUCGCCUCUCUGCAGAAGGAUGCGCUCGCCGGCAGGUGGGAUCGCGUAUGGACAAGGUACGCGACGGCCGAGCAACCCCCUUCCCUGGGCGCCCUUCGUCUCGGCGUCAUUGCACGGCUCAAGCUGGAUGGAGGAUCAACGGCCAGGACGAGCCAGCUGAUGGCGGAUGCGCACUCGCAGGGCCUGGAUAUAAGCCAGGCAAUGACGCCACUGCUUCUGGCACAGAUCGCCGAGGGCAGGGACGCAGGCGAGCUCGUGCGCUCGAGCCUGGACCAGGGCAUCACGCUGCACGACAUGGUGUACAACAAGGCAGCGCGAGCGCUCUCGGCAGGCGGCAAGCUCGACGCAGCGGUGGCGGUGUGCAACUCUGCGGCGGCCGAGAAUGGCGCGGGAGACGCGUGCUACAGCGGCUUCAACUUUGCCAACCUCGUCUUCUCGUACACGGGUCUCUACCAGUACGAGCAGCUGACGCGGCUGCUGUCCGGGUUCCGGAGCGAGAAGCGCUGGUGGGCGGGCAGCACCGUCGCGAUGGAAGCCGUCAAGCACUCGAUGAAGACGGUGGCCAGGCGGCUGACGACGGCCCGGGGCGCGCACAACGUGCGACGCGGCGAAGCCAUGCUCGGCAAGCUCAGCGACGCCUACUACCACUGCCGCCAGUGCAAGGCUGAUGCGGCCGGUGCAGUUUUCCGCAGCAGCACGGCGAGGACGGUCAGCCCCUCGGAUCCGGAUCGUGCCCGUCGGGAGCAGCAACCGAAGACCACGGAUGGAGCCGAGGCGGCCACCGCUCCUCCUGCCGCCUCUGCCGCCCCGGCCGCCCCGCACCCACAGAGGGAUACCAGACCGCAGUGGAGGCGCGGGGCAGACCAGGACGAGGACGAACUGUCGCUGGCGGUGUAG